AUGGUUUCUUCAGACUACCAACCAGAAAAAUGUAAAUGGUCACUACACAAUUUUAUAAAAAUCUAUGGUUCUGAUGAAAACUAUAGUGAUGUAAAUACUGAUACUGAUAUAAAUAAUGCCAAAAGUCAACGUCGCAUAAGGGCCAAAAAAAUGUAUGAUUCUGACUCCAGCACUCAAUCUCAGUCACAAAUACAUCAUCCAGUAACAGUGUCAUCUUCAAUGCGAUUAAAGUAUCCAGAUCCUCCUAAACCUAUCACACCAGAUAUGUUUUGUGACCAAGAUUUUUUCAACACCAGUAAUAUUUCUAAUUUAAGUGAACUUGACAAAAAUUUAACCAAUGCGAAUUUAGAUGACAGCUUACUUUCCAACUUAAGUAUAGAAUUAACUAAAAUUGAUUCACUAUUUCCAACACAAUUCAUACAGAUUUCUAAUCAGCGUUCCACUAUAAAAAGUUCAGAUGUAAUGAGUCAUGCAGAAAAUGAUAAUUUUGAAUUAGAUAAUGUGAUAUUAGACAAUAAUAAAACAUUUUUAUCAAAAAACAAAAGCCAUGAAUUGGUUGAGACUAGAAGUCAAUGUAAACAUGAUUUGUCUGUUCUCGAGGAUUUAGCUGAAGUAAAGGUAAAGGUUCAAAAACUUUUGAUGAAUCAAAACACCAUUCUAAACAAGUUGGAUAAAUUACUAACAAAUGAUCGUUCAGUUGAUAAUUGCCUGUCUAAUAUUACAUCAAUACAAAUUGAUGAAUUUGAAAAACACUUCAAUGAACAUUUUCCUUUAAAAGAAUUAACACAAUUUAAUCAUAUUAAUGAGAUUUUAAACAAUAAGGCAUACUACAGUCUUAUGAAAAAGAAACUAUCAAUGUAUGGUGGUUCAAGCAUCAAUGAUGUUACCCGUCAUAUUCUUAUAAGACUUUUAAGCAACGAAAUAUCAACAUCUAUUACAUUUACUGGUAAUAAAGGAAAAAAAACAGGGUUUGCCAGUACCAACUAUUUUAAAGUGUUACUAGAAGUCGUCAGAGUCUUUUAUGAAUCAGCCACUGAAAAUCAUGUUAAACCUGCUAUUCAAAGUUGGUUUAAACAUGCACCUGAUCGCUUAUUAACUACUACACAGCUAAAAAAAAACAAUGUAUCCACCGCUAACAUUGAUUCAAAUACUUAA